AUGAGUAGCAGCAGGAGUAGUAGUAGGAGUAGUAGCAGGAGUAGUAGUAGGAGAAGCAGCAGGAGUAGUAGCAGCAGUAGCAGUAGGAGAAGCAGCAGGAGUAGAGCAGCCGUAGUAGUAGGAGAAGCAGCAGGAGUAGUAGCAGGAGUAGUAGUAGGAGUAGUAGCAGGAGUAGUAGGAGUAGCAGCAGGAGUAGUAGUAGGAGUAGUAGCAGGAGUAGUAGCAAGAGAAGCAGCAGGAGUAGUAGCAGCAGUAGUAGUAGGAGUAGCAGCAGGAGUAGUAGCAGCAGUAGUAGUAGGAGUAGCAGCAGGAGUAGCAGCAGCAGUAGCAGUAGGAGAAGCAGCAGGAGUAGCAGUAGAAGUAGUAGCAGGAGUAAGCAGCAGUAGCAGUAGGAGAAGCAGCAGUAGUAGUAGUAGGAGUAGUAGCAGGAGUAGUAGGAGUAGCAGCAGGAGUAGUAGUAGGAGAAGUAGCAGGAGUAGUAGUAGGAGAAGCAGCAGGAGUAGUAGCAGCAGUAGUAGUAGGAGUAGCAGCAGGAGUAGUAGCAGCAGUAGCAGUAGGAGAAGCAGCAGGAGUAGCAGUAGAAGUAGUAGCAGGAGUAGUAUGAGUAGCAGCAGGAGUAGUAGUAGGAGUAGUAGCAGUAGGAGAAGCAGCAGGAGUAGUAGCAGCAGUAGCAGUAGGAGAAGCAGCAGGAGUAGUAGUAGGAGUAGCAGCAGGAGUGGUAGCAGCAGUAGUAGUAGGAGUAGCAGCAGGAGUAGUAGUAGGAGUAGCAGCAGGAGUGGUAGCAGCAGUAGUAGUAGGAGUAGCAGCAGGAGUAGUAGCAGCAGUAGCAGUAGGGGAAGCAGCAGGAGUAGUAGUAGGAGUAGUAGCAGCAGGAGUAGUAGUAGGAGUAGUAGCACCAGUAGUAGGAGUAGUAGCAGGAGUAGUAGGAGUAGCAGCAGGAGUAGCAGAAGUAGUAGUAGCAGGAGUAGUAGUAGGAGUAGUAGCAGGAGAAGCAGCAGGAGUAGUAGUAGGAGUAGUAACAGGAGUAGCAGCAGGAGUAGUAGUAGGAGUAGUAGCAGGAGUAGUAGUAGGAGUAGCAGCAGGGGUAGUAGUAGUAGUAGUAAGAGUAGUAGCAAGAGUAGUAGGAGUAGACGUAGGAGUAGCAGCAGGAGUAGUAGUAGGAGUAGCAGGAGUAGUAGUAGUAGUAGCAGGAGUAGUAGCAGCAGCAGCAGUAGCAGCAGCAGGAACAGGCGCAGCAGCAGAAGUAGAAGUAGUAGUAGCAGCAGGAGGAGUUGUAGUAGUAGCAAUAGCAGCAGCAGUAAGAGUAGUAGCAGCAGGAGCAGCAGCAGUAGAAACAGUAGUAGUAGAAUGAGAGUAGUAGUAGCAGCAACAGCAGUAGAAGGAGUAAAAGUUGCAGCAGUAGGAGUAGGAGUAGGAGUAGUAGCAGCAGGAGUAGUAGUAGCAGUAGCAGGAGCAGUAGCAGCAGCAGAUAGUAGCAGUAGCAGCAGCAGGAGUAGUAGCAGCAGUAAUAGUAGAAGUAGCAGUAGUAGGAGCAGCAGUUGGAGUAGGAGUAGUAGUAGCAGCAGCAGGAGCAGUAGCAUCAGUAGGAGUUGGAGUAGUAGUAGCAGUAGCAGUAGGAGUAGAAAUAGCAGUAGCAGCAGCAGUAGGAGCAGUAGUAGUAGCAGCAGUAGGAGUAGUAAUAGCAGAAGUUGGAGCAGUAGUAGUAGCAGCAGUAGGAGUAGUAGCAGCAGGAACAGUAGCAGCAGCAGCAGUAGCAAAUGCAAUUUACAAGAGCUGUUCGUAAGACAGUGCGCUUCACUCUUCAGCGAUUUGACAGUAAAAUGA